AUGAACCCCGGCGAGAGUCGUGGCAUCCACCCUGAUGGGGAGAUGUUUUUCAACUCUUCCAACACUCCAGACGAGUCGCCCGUGGUCGGUCCUUUGAGAAUCAGUAAACGAGACUCAGCAUCCCCUACUUCAGCACCGAGUCCACCAAAUGCCCCAUUGCCGUACCCCGAUGAUAGAGCUCGCCCUCAACCGCGUACUUCGAGUGCCAAUGACAACCGUCCAACGGAUCCCUAUAGAUAUGGAUCGCCGCCCGCCGGGACCAGCUCAGUGAGCCCCGCUAACUACCCCGCGGCUUUGCGCCCACGCGAAAGUCGUGAGCCGCGAGUCGCGACACUAGCGGAACGUCGAGGUGCUGCACCAAGACCGCUGCCCGAAUCCCCCGCCGAUGUUCCAGAUCGAGAAACAUUAGCUGCCAGGCCCUAUCCAGCCCCUCCGGCUCCGGCCUCCAACGCGACGACAUCAAAUGCAGGUCAUUAUGAUUAUCGUCAACAGUACUAUCCACCUCCCCAGAGCUCCACCCCUCGACCCUCUGCUACGCCUCGGCCUUCCGCCAACCUCCAACCACCGCAGGAUUCAUCUGGACUGAAUCGCAUCAGCUCAACUGCCUCUACCUCAACUACUCGUGCCCAACGGGGAUCUCCCCCGCCACCAGAGACACCUGUUGUUGGACCAGGCCAACAGCCGAGCUCGGACAUUGAAGCCCGGUAUGCUGCAGCGGGAAUCGCCGGGACUGGGACGUUGGCUGGCAUGCAGUCCCAAGGCUCUGCCGCCCAACGGCGAGCCGAGCAGUAUUCUGGACAACAGCCAGUCCAGAGACCAUGGACGCCAACAGAACAGCCAGGGACCCAGCCCCAUGGACCCCCAACUGUAUACCAAGGCGCAGAAGUUGUUAGUAGCCCACCUCCAGGCCCUGUUCACCCAGCGUAUAGCAGCCCGCCGCCUCCUCAGUCUCAGUUAGUACAACCACAACUACAGCCGCAGCCACAGCCACAGGCUCAGCAACAGCAGCAGCCCCAGAGGAUCCCAUCCAAUGCUUUAGAGCAGGAUAUGGACCGAAUGCGGAUCAGUUCUUCACCUCCACCUGCUUACUCUAGCGUUUCUGGGUCCACACCUGCAAACAGUUAUCCAAAUGAGAAACCGAGUGGAAGUGCCGCCGCCGGUGCCGCUGCCACAGCCUCUCCGGCUGGCCAUCCCGCGAUGGCUAACCAAGCUCAACCUGGUGUUAGCAGCUCUCCUGCACCGACUGUGUCAGACCACCCUGCCUUUGCCAAUGACCCACCACAGCAACGACCUCAGACGGGUUAUACGCUCUCUGACCGUCCGGUCAACGAUCAUCCAGUCGCUCAGCAGGCGACUCAGAUGACGGUCACUUCCCCAGGGCCCUCUGGAGCUCCACCAGCAUCUCCCCCGCCGCUUCCUGAGGGUUGGAUGGCUCAUCUGGAUCCGAGCUCUGGGCAGUAUUACUACAUCCAUUUGCCCACGCAAUCGACCCAGUGGGAAUUUCCAAAGGGGCCUACCCCGCUUAAUCUUAACGAGGCCCCCAUGUCUCCUGUUGGCAGCGUCUAUAGCAGCCAUCCCAUGGCAUCUCCUGGACUAUCGGUCUUCAGUAAACCCUUGGCUUCCCCUGGUGUGCCUUUGACACCCGGAUUCGAGAGUCUCGCGUCUCCCAUGACUGGGUUUACAGGGCCACCUCCCACCAGUGGCGUGGAAAUCUACAAGACUGCUCCGACGAAUGGUGUCUAUUUUGGGCCUUACCUGCGUUAUACAAACAUGGACAUCGAUCGUGGAAUAUGGCUUGGCUCUAUCCUUUUGGUGACUGAUGCUGCACAGCCUCCGACCAUUCAUAUGCAUCAAAGCGUGGAUCUUUCUCCCAACCCAAGGCAGCUGAAAGCGGUCAAUAUUGCUGCUCAUCAGCGUUGGACCUUCUACAAGUAUGAAAUUGAUAUUCAAAUGGAUGAAGCAGGACCUGCCAAGUGGACUUACGCCAUUACUUCUCACCUCGGUUGCACUCGCUACGAGUUUCUGGUCGCUGGACGACACGAGACUAAUUGGCGUUUCAUUGCAACUUCAGGCAAUGACUUCUCCAUCAAUGUCAAUGCCAAUGAGCGCUCGCGACUUGGCGGUGUCGGCUUCAUGUGGAAGGAUAUCAUGCAAAAGCACAACGAGAUUGGAGGUUUCCAUACGCAACUCUCUCUUGGAGGUCAAAUCUACGCUGACCGCAUGUGGAAGGAGAUCCCUUGUCUCAAGCAGUGGCUGGCCAUCCGCGGAAAAGAGGCAAGAAAGGAUGCUCCAUGGACGGCAGCAAACCAACAAGAUGUUUCCCAUGCAUACUUUCAUUAUUACACAAGCCACUUUGAUCAGCCUUACUUGAGAGAGGCGUUUGCACAAAUUCCUUACAUCUGUCAAAUAGAUGAUCACGAUAUAUUUGACGGAUUCGGGUCCUACCCGGAUCACAUGCAGUUCUCCAACAUGUUCAAAAACAUUGGCCGCAUUGGUAUCGAAAUGUACCUGCUUUUCCAACAUCAUACUACCCUUGAUAUCCUUCGGAAUGUCAGCAAUGAUAUGGAUCUCUUCACGAUUACUGGUACAGGCUGGCACUUUGUGAAAUACAUGGGCCCCGGUCUUGUGGUUGUCGGUCCUGACUGCCGCUCAGAGCGUAACCCUCAUCAGGUCAUGGCUGGUCCAACUUAUCAAGGGCUCUUCCCGAAAAUUGUCAUGCUCCCGCCAAGCGUGCAGCAUUGUAUCUGGAUGAUAUCUGUUCCACUAAUCUAUCCCCGGCUGGAAACAGCAGAGCAUAUCGCCCAGACCGUUGCUACCGGCAAGCGGGCGGUUACCGGUACCUAUAACUUACUCGGAAAGGUGACCAGUUCCGUCGCUGGUGUAGUUGGAGCCAAGGAGUUUGUUGGAUCCGGAUUUGAUUCAGUCAAGCGUGCAGUGGGUAAAUCCGGACUCAUGGGUGGCAUCUUGAGCCCUUUCGGCGAAUUUGACCUCAUGGAUGAACUCCGAGACCAGUGGACCCAUGACUCAAAGGAUAUCGAACGCACAUAUCUCAUUCGUACCUUGCAAGGUAUCUCCCACCAGAAGUCCAUCCGUAUGACCUUUCUCUCUGGAGCGGUCAAUGUGUGUGGUGCUGGUCUCGUGCAUGACCCCGCCCAGCCGUCCGAUCACAAAACCAUGUAUCAAUUGAUUGCCUCGCCCGUUGUGAAUACCCCGCCGCCUUCGUACGUGGUUAAGAUGUUGCAUAGCAACACAAAGCCUCUUUACGUCCCUGCCAAUGGUCAACGCUCAUCGGGACAGCCGACUGAUACCAAAGAAGACAUGAUGGAGAUCUUCCAGACCGAUAUCAAUGGACAACCUCGUGAGCAUCGCAAGCUGAUGGCACGACGGAACUACGUGGCUAUUGUGGCCUACGACCCAGAUGUUGUGUCAGCUCAUCCAUUUGCUCAGUCUCCAGUGAACCAGGGUCAAAAGAGCAAACUCAGCUUGGCUGCCGACUUCAUGGUUCAAGGUGAAAGUGCAUAUGCGAACGUCGUCAAAUACGGCCCGGUCAUCGUGCCCAGUUUGGAUCACGGUCGGUGA